AUGGCAAAUUCUGAUCUGGAGGUCAGGACACGGAAUACAAGAGGUACCCGAAUAAGGAAGAACAUGGAUCAGAACAAACACAUGGCAGACGGGGAUGGUUUUGAUUAUUUCAAAGCAGGAUGCAAUACUCCUAAAAGGCAGUGGAACGGCGGUCAAAGUCCGGGUGACAUGAACAGGUGGAAAUGUGAGGAGUUUUUGGACCACAGUGCACAGGUCCAUGGCAACCCUUACCAAGUGAGGUCUGGCAAUGUCUCUCUAUUGCACUCCUUUGAAGACGAGCAGUGCCAGAUCUUGCUACCGCCCAGGCACUGCCCGAGUGAUAAGAUGCUAGAGGAGAAUUUCAGGUUCAAUCAUUACAAAAGGACUAUGAUGAGCUUCAAGGAAAGGUUGGAGAGCACGGUGGAACGUUGCGCACACAUGAACGGUACGCGGCCCCCGCAGCACAGGGGCUUCGGAGAGCUCCUGAACAUCCCCAAACAAGAGGUCAGCAUGGAGGAACAGUCUCCUAGCUCUUCCAACAGUUUAGAAAGUUCUUUAGCAAGAGACUACAUUCAUUAUAAUGGAGACUUCCAUGCCAAAGGCAUGAACGGGUGCGUCCCUAGCCCUUCAGACACCAAGAGCAUCAGUAGCGAGGAUGACCUUCGGAUUCCCGACUCCCCUUCUUCUAAUGACUUAAUGCAUUAUAGGCCAAGGACGUUCAAUAUGGGAGACUUGGUCUGGGGGCAGCUUAAAGGACUGGCUUCAUGGCCUGGAAAACUAGUGCGGGACGACCUACGUAACCCAUAUCAGCAGAACUCAGAGGAAGGGAAGGUGGACAGUGACAAGCUGAGAACGUUGACAGAGGGACUGGAAGCUUAUAAUCGUGUGCAAAAGGGCAACAGAAAAAGUGGAACACUAAAUAACCAUCUAGAAGCUGCGAUACAUGAGGCCAUGAAUGAGCUGGACAAAAUAUCUGGCAAUGUGUCUCAGAGGGAUCGACAGCUGAAGGACCCAAAACCCAAGAGGAGGAAGAUCUCCAGAUAA